AUGAGCAGUCUUGGAUCCUUUCUCGCUUUUUUGCACUUCUAUCGCAACGUCGUUCUAAACUGCAAUUUCCAGGCUCGUUGCCUCCCUGCUCUCUCCUCGUCCACCGUGUCCGCGAGUUCGUCUCCGAUUUGGUGUGGUAAUCUAGGGUUACUGCUCCAUAAUGUAUCGCACAGAGGACAGGAUGCAUGUGGCAUCGUAAUCAGUGGAUCCAAGGGCCGAUUCUUUCAAUGCAAAGCCAACGGCACGGUCCGGGAUGUCUUAGAUGAAAAAGCCAUCGCAAGACUAAUUGGAGGUAUGGGUAUUGGCCAUGUUCGUUAUCCAACUGCUGGCAGCUCGGACCACGCCGAAGCACAGCCGUUCUACGUUAAUUCACUGUAUACGGGUAAAUUCCGUAUCAACGAAGACGACAUUUUCACUGCUAUGAGAGGUCUUAUGGGGCAGUGCACAGGAGCAUAUGCAUGUGUUGCAAUGCUUGCUGGCUUCGGGAUCAUUGCACUCAGAGAUUCAAAUGUUAUAAGACCAAGCAUCGUCGCUGAUGCUUUAGGCUUUAGUGAAUGGGAGGAUGUGGAGCUUGGCGAAGCAGUGAUCAUCACUCGCUCAGGGGUUUCCAAGAAACGAGUUGCAGCUCAUGCGACCCUUGCACCAGAUAAUUUUGAAUUUGUCUACUUUGUUCGCCCUGUUGAGAGAGCUUUGAAGGAACGUGGCAUUACAAUGGAUGUCGUCAUCCCAGUUCCUGAUAUGUCUCGCGUUGUAGCUUUGAACCUUGCUCAGAAGCUCAACUUGCCUUACGUAUACGAGAGGCCGACAUUCAUUAUGCCAGGCUUCUCACAAACGGAAGAAUGCCAGGGGAAAUCGAACGCCAUGGCCUUGGAGUUUUCUGGGAAGAAUGUUCUCCUUGUUCAAGAUUCCAUCGUUCGCGGCACCACCUCAGAAGAGAUUAUCGAUAUCUGCGCCCCACCCAUCCAUGGCCGACGAAACUUUCGGCACUCGAAUGUCUAUGGUAUCGAUAAGCCAUCAAGGACAGAGCUCGUUGCAUACGGACGCAACACCGAAGAGAUAGCCGAGGCCAUUGGGGUAGAUCUUGUCGUGUUUCAGACUCUUCCCGACCUCAUCGCAUCCGAGUACGUCACCGGUGGUGUCAAUGAAGAGUCACUCCGUGCGGACAACGUCAAGAACAAGGUGGCAGUGAACUCGCGGGAAGGCCAAAGUGAGGGCAAUAGGGUCAAUGGAUUCCACACUCGGGUGAACCUGAUGGCAUCUGGCGGUCCGGUCAACAGCACGGACGAUACAGUUGGAUUGCACAACACCUGGAAUAUUAGUUGA